AGAUGAUUAUGUUAUUAUCAACAUUUAUAACAUUAUUCAAAAAAUAAUUUAUUUUCCGUUUUCACACAACAUAAUUAUAUAUUUGCUGUUCUGCAAUUCGAAAAGAGACACAUCUGUUAUUUUUCAAGCCUGAAAAACUAUAACUAUGUUUCCACGAACAUUAAUAAAAAAUUGGAUUUCUUUACGUCAUUUUUUUCAUAAACAUUAUGCAAUCCAAUAUAAGGCCAAAAACAUCAAGUACAUUGGUUUUGGUAUAUUCACAAGUAUUUUGGUUUAUAGUACUUCAGGAAUCACAAUAUUCGCAGCACAAAAUGAGUUGGAUAUUAAAAAAUUUAUGGCACAACCUAUUACUGACAUAAAGAAAUUAAAGAAGAAAGAUGAUAUGAAAACAAAAAUGGAAUUGUUAGUGAUGAAAACUCAAGCAGACUUUUGUAAAGCUUUGGAAUCCUUAGAAGAACCAGGCCAUUCUUUUAAAGUUGACAGAUGGGUUAGGAAGGAAGGUGGUGGAGGAAUUACUUGUGUUUUGCAAGAUGGAGUUGUUUUUGAAAAAGCUGGAGUAAAUGUAUCUGUCGUUACUGGUAUGUUACCACCAGGUGCAGUACAACAAAUGAGAGCACGUGGGAAAAAAAUGGGAGAGGGAUUUGUACCAUUCUUUGCAGCUGGUGUAAGUGCUGUAAUUCAUCCUCGAAAUCCCAUGGUUCCAACAAUACAUUUCAACUAUCGUUACUUUGAAGUAGAAAAUUCAGAUGGUUCAAUUCAAUGGUGGUUUGGAGGUGGCACAGAUCUUACACCUUAUUACUUAAAUGAGGAUGAUGUAAAACAUUUUCAUAGUACUUUAAAAGCUGCAUGUGAUCAAUAUGAUCCUUCAUAUUAUUCAAAAUACAAAAAAUGGUGUGAUGAUUAUUUUUUUAUUACACAUAGAGGAGAACGUAGAGGAGUAGGUGGUAUCUUUUUUGAUGACAUUGAUACUCCUAGCCAAGAAGAAGCAUUUCAAUUCGUAAGAUCUUGUGCAGAAGCUGUUAUUCCUUCUUACAUUCCAUUGGUUGACAAACAUAAAAAUGAUGGAUAUGGAUAUAGUGAAAGACAAUGGCAAUUAUUACGUAGAGGAAGAUAUGUUGAAUUUAACUUAAUAUACGAUCGUGGUACAAAAUUUGGUUUAUAUACACCUGGUGCAAGAUAUGAAAGUAUAUUAAUGUCUUUGCCUUUGUCUGCAAACUGGCAAUAUAUGCAUGAACCACAACCUGAUUCAAAAGAAGCAGAACUUGUUGAUGUAUUGAGAAACCCUAAGGAAUGGUUGAACUAAUAUAAAUAAUAUCCUUUAAUGAAACUAUCAUUUUUUAACAUAAAGCUGUAAUUUGUAGCAAUAAUUUUGAAUGAUGCAGUUAAUUAUCUUUUUCCUAUUUUGUUUACAAGUAUUUUGUACAAUUUUGUACAAGUGGAAUGUUAAUGAAAAAAAAAUGCAAAUUAAAAUAUAGAAUAAGGCCAUAUUUUUAAACCAUUUAAAUAUAUUUUCAAGUAUAAGAAAAGAGUUACAUAUAUAAACUUUAUAUUUAAGGAAUUAAAUACUGUAUAAACUAUAAAUUAUGUAUAAAAAUUGUACCUAUUAUUUUGAUAUACUUUAUAUGAAGGUAAUAUUCUUAUACAUUAUAACUCUAUACAGUCUAGAUGCUUAUAUGUGCACGCAUUAUAUAUUUUAAUAUUAUUUUAAACAUUGUAUACCUUAAAUAUAAUAAUAUGGAUCUUCUCAAAUUAUUUUAGAUGUAUAAAAAGACAAAUGAUGACAAAUUUGAUGUAUUCUCAAAUUUAUUUAGUAAAAUAUUCAGUCUUAGAGUAUAUAUUAUAAAUUACAUAUGUAAUCAUGAAAAUAAUAACAAAAAUUUAUCGUACAAAAAAUCAUUGGUAGAAAUUCAGUUAAAUUAAAUAUAAAAUAUUCUUUAAAUCUAAAUGAUAUAUGAAGGAAGCAGAUUUCAAUAGAUGUAAUGAUUUCAAUUAUGUAAUUCUUGAUCACUCUUUUUACAGAACAAUAUAUAUACAAAGCAAAAAAGGAAAGAGUAUUUUAAAAUUCACAAAAAUAUGGAGUUGUUUGUUUAAUUAUGUACAAUUUUCUCUGAAUAAAUACACAUCCAACAAACAA